CAACAGUCUGUUAAGGCUACACGGGGGAUCUUUAUCAUCUUUGUCUUGCGUGCUUAGCUGCAUUAGGAUGCAGCGCGUCGGUUCGGCGAGACUUCAUCGGGGCUGGCGGAGCUCUGAGCGCCCCCUGCUCGCGUACUCGCUACGUCACUGUGGCGUCAAUGAGGAGCGAGGCGACACGGAUUAUUUAAAGCGCCUUGUGCCUUCGCGGGCGAGUGCGAGCGCCUGUGCGAGUGUAUGUGUGUGUGUGCGCAGCCUUGCAUGGCCGGUAGCCGCACAGUCACAUCUGCUUCGUUCUCUCUCGCUUGUGCUCAAUCCACGGUGUAGCUUGCAUCGCCCUGUAAUUUCAAUGCAGCGCUCUUGGUAAUUACAUCUGUCAAUCCAGCAGCUUUUGUUGAUUUAUGACGGACUCUCCUGGUGAGACCCAGAUUUGUCGAAACCAGGUCCAGAGUUUUGGUUGCUUACAUAAGUGCUUUCUAGAGAAUAUCGGUCUGGAAAGUCACUACAUAGGCUGAUAAGACGUAGUUAUUUAUUCCCGCGGGGAGACAGAACGAAGGUGUGCGCUUAUGUGUUGUGUAGAGAGAUGAGAGGCUACUCCGUGCUGAGAGGCUCCUCCGUGCUGUCGCUGGGGCUGCUGCUGCAGGUGCUGACGGUGCGACGGAUUUCAGCACCUCGGACAGCGCUGUGAGCAGGCGAGCGGCAUGGCGUGCCAGGACUGCGGGUUCCGGCGGGGGGCGACCACGCCGUUCGGCGUGCGCUCCUACCUGGACCACUUCUACCAGGGCUGCCGCUCGGAGCCGGACGAGGAGACGCUGCUGCGGCCGGGCGGGCGGCGCGGCGCGCAGGCAGCCGCCGGCGCCUCCACGGCGUGCAAGGCGUGGUUCGCAUGUGGCCUGCUCGGCAUGCUGACGGGGGCCGCGGUCAUGCUGACCGCCUACCUCGCCCCGGCUCGCCUCGAGGCGGUCGGCAACGGCGGCGGCGGCGGCCCGGGCGGCGUGAGCGACGUGCUGCUGGUCGACCCGAGCGCGGCGCGUUUCAACCGCAUUCUGGAGGGCUCCAAGCUGGCGGGCGCGCUGCUGUUCGCCGCCGGAGGCGCCGCGCUGUCGGGGAGUCUUCUGGUGGCCGCGGCGGCCGCACGGGGCCGUGGCGGCGGCGAUGAUGAUGGUGGUGAGGUGAUGACGGCGGAGCACCAGCAGCAGUAUCAUCAGCAGCAAGAGGACGAGGAGGUGGUGCAGGAGAACCGGCUGCUGCUCCACGAAGUGCGGCCCGUGGCCAGCGGGGCCGUGCCCAAGUCGGGGCGCAGGCUUUGGAAGUGAUCCGCGUCCCCCCCGCCCCCCCCCCCCCCCCGGGCUGCGGCGAUCGGGUACCGAGGACCGGCGUCGAGGCCCAACCACCUCCACCCGGAGCUCCACCACCUCCGUCCACGACGCCGGUGGAGCCGACUCGUCCAGCCGGGUCCGUUUGACGAAACAAGAACGCUCGCGAGGGACGCUCCGCUCCCUCCCCCCCCCCCCCCCCCCCGCGGGGACGACGCCGAGCGGAGGGGGCCGCCUGACGGCCGUAGAUUGGCCAAGCCGACGGUUGGUGUGCUGGGGAGAACCCGGGAACUGAUCGUCGUGCGUCGUGCAUCUGAGCCGUGCCACUGGCGUGUCCCCGAGUUUUCCAAAGCAGUUCAGGUUGCAUGCCGUGGCAGUUCCGAGGGCGGUUGAUUCUCAAACUGCCUCCCCCCCCCCACCUCUCCACCGCAUGGUAAAUGGCGCAUCCCACAAAUGAUGCAUCACCGUCGUCGGCUGCAACAGCCACGUCCGUGAGCGUCACGCACGGGGCAUUAAUUUUUGAGUGACGCCAUUUGUUGCGUGUGUGAUUGCGCUACAGUCGCUCUCAAUCCCCCCCAUCCUCCUCCUCGUGUAUCGAUGUCCGAUGUUUCGUACCACGUGCUUGGGCCCUUAUUCGUGAACCAGUGCAUUUCCUGGUUCCUGAAGAAGGCUUGCAGUACUUGGAGUCAAAAAGUCGGACGUCGCGCCAAACAGCGCAUCUGAGAGCGGCGUGGUCCAAGGGCGACAACCUUCCCUCUGGCACGGCCAUGACUCUGUGACAACCACGAUCAGAUGCACACACGGUGAUCGUCUGCGACCGAUGUUAAGUUUCGCCAUUCGUCCUGCCGUCAGUGACUGUUUCUUGCACAAAAGGCACGUGUUUACGUGUGGCGCGUGUGUGUGGCGUGUGUGUGGCGUGUGUGUGUGGAGAUAAUGUUUAUCUUGGGCAAAGUGAGCAGUGCUUUGCUUUGUAAACGCUUCGCCCCUUGUCUGAUCUUCAGUUCCACUCCGGACAUCGGCAAUCGAAGGGGGGAAUGAGGGGGGGGGGGGCUCUUUGUGUGUCGUGGAAAUGACCCCUACACAAAGGGGUCAUUGCCGCGACAUUUAUCGAGUGCUCAGAAGCCAUAGGUGGCACCGAUGGGUGGCGUUAAUGUUAAUUUUUUUACAAAAAAAACACCACAAUGUUGAUACGCGCUUUUGUCCGAGGUAGAGGGGCAGCCCUGUAAUUUCUUGUUUACUCUACUGCUAGCAGAAGAGCCUCCACCACAGGACGCUCUAGAGGGCCUGCUUUUCUAUGCUUUCCAGACGUCUUGGAAGAGGUAGGACUACCCACACUUUACCCCGCCACAUGUGACCGGCCAAUCAUAGAUUAGCUGCGGGGCUACCCAUUUGUACUGCUGGGUGAGCGGUGGUGGGGGGGGGGGGGAUUUAAGACGUUUGCACCGUUGUCUCAGCUGCCACGCCGGGAGAUUGAAUCGAUCCGGCGAGCUCUGCGUUGCAAGUCCAGUGUUGCUGACCAAUGCGUCGCUGUGGCGGCCCCCCUUCAUUCCAGAAUGAAUCGUUUUAAUAAUGAACUCCUUCCGAGGCGGGAGAGGGGGAAGGGAGCACACGAUCGCAUGCACGGUUGGCUACGUACGGUGCGAAAGAAGUUCAGCAUACGCACACACAUUGCGAGAUACUGAUCCUGAUUCGCAUAUCAUGCUGAAAAUCCACGUGGCAUAGUUCGCAAUCUUAGUAAGCCACCGUGUUGCAAACGGAGGUUGCUGCCCGCGUGGUAUAGAACUCCCAUUCCCCAAGCCAUCUGUGCUGUCGACUGCGUGCCUCUGUUCAAGUCCAGCCUCAAGACCGUCCUUUUAUCCGCUGCUUGUAUCUGUAAAAUAAACAUUGCCCCCUGUGGCCUGUACGGCGCUUUGAGAGGCGGUCGCAUCUCGACGCUGCCGUACAAGUCCGCAUUGCGUCGCGCUGAUCGUUUUUUGCGAUUAUUCGUUUGUUAGUAAUGAAGCUUAAUGCGGCAUUGCCGGGAAAGUA